UGGUCCGGGUGGAAUUAUGAAAAAAGGUAUUAUGAGAGCAAAGAAUGAAGAAUGGAAAAGAAUUCGAACAUUGCUGACUCCAACCUUCAGCAGUGGAAAACUGAAGGAGAUGUUUCCCAUCAUCCAAGACUAUGGAGAUAUGCUGGUGAAAAAUAUGAGCCGAGAAGCAGAGAAAGGCAAGCCUGUUGAUAUGAAAGACAUCUUUGGGGCCUACAGCAUGGAUGUUAUCACUAGCACCUCAUUUGGAGUGAAGGUGGAUUCCCUCAACAACCCUCAGGAUCCCUUUGUGAAAAAUACCAGGAAGCUGUUAGCACUUGACUUUUUCAAUCCGUUGUUUUUCUCUAUAGCACUCUUCCCAUUCCUCCUUAAAAUAUAUGACAAACUGAAUAUCUCCAUAUUUCCAAGUGAUGCUAUAACAUUUUUACAAAAUUUUGUAAAUAAGACAAAAAAAGAUCGGCUUGAUGAUAAUUACCAGCACCGAGUGGAUUUUCUUCAGUUGAUGAUGAACUCUCAGAAUUCCCAGGAUGUGGAUUCCCAUAAAGGUUUCUCUGACAUGGAGAUCAUGGCCCAAUCAAUUGUAUUUAUUUUUGCUGGCUAUGAGACAACUAGUACUACUCUCUCCUUUCUUAUGUAUACACUGGCCACUCAUCCUGAAGUCCAGAAGAAACUCCAGCAUGAGAUCGAUGCAGCCUUUCCCAAUAAGACACCUGCCACUUAUGAGACGCUGGUAGAGAUGAAAUAUCUGGAUAUGGUAGUAUACGAAUCUCUGAGAUUAUAUCCAGCUUCUAACAGGAUUCAAAGACUCAGUAAGAAAGAUUUUGAAAUCAAUGGUGUGUUCAUUCCUAAAGGGACAAUUGUGACUGUACCUGUCUUUGCUCUUCACCGAGACCCACAAUACUGGAACGACCCUGAGGAGUUCCACCCUGAAAGGUUCAGCAAGGAGAAUAGAGAGACAAUCAAUCCUUAUGUGUUCCUGCCCUUUGGACAUGGUCCUAGAAGCUGUAUUGGCAUGAGGUUCGCCUUGAUGAACCUAAAACUUGCUGUUGUCAAAGUCCUGCAGAACUUCUCCCUGCAAAUGUGUGAAGAAACAGAGGUGAGACUGAAAACAUUGUCUUUUUGAGUGCAUUUUAAGAGGCCAUCAGCAUUUUUAUA